GCCCUGGGAGCUGCUCCCUGUGCGCCUCGUGUGCUGCGCAAGGCACCCACCGGCUCUGCUCCGAUUUGAGCGGCAGCAUAAGCACCUGGGAGUGUGACAUCUGUGCUGGCGUGGGCACAGCCUCCAGUGCCGAGUCGCAGCUUGCUGGUCCCAGCACUGCCAGCCAGGAGGCGGCGGGGCCAUCUCAUAGCUCCCCAGCACCUGAUGACAGCGGAUCUGCCUCCACCAGCCAGGCAGCAUUGGAGUCAUCUCCGAGUUCCCAGGUGCCUAAGCGCAGCAGCCUGUCCAGCCAGCCCGGGACAGGACAGAGGAAAAGCCAGAGACGUAAAUCCAACGAGCAACACCAAGGGAGCAGCCAGCAGGAAGUGGGGUACUCCAGCAAUUCCCCAGCGCCUGAACGCAGAAGGCAAUCCAGGCAGCAGGGCACAGGCCGAACAAGAAGCCGCUCUCCGCUCAAGGGUCGUGCCUCAAAUUCCCCGAGCCAGCUCAGAAGACCUCAUGGCAGCAGACGCUCUCCAGCCUCAGGUGCUGGCAGGAGCAUGCACACCUCUGCCAGGAAGAGGGCAUCCAACAAUUCCCCGGGGGCUGCAAACAAAAGAUGUCCAAGCCAGAGACAAA